UAAUGUGUUCGAGUUCUCCGUAAAGAAAGUGCAAAGAAUAUCUUCCGGUGAAGCUGUGGUACUAAAAAUGGCGGACACGUGCGGCCAAGUAAUAUUGGGAUCCGGGCUUACUGUCCUAUCUCAUCCUUUGAUGUACAUAAAAGUGUUGGUUCAGGUUGGACAUGAGCCACUUCCUCCCACCCUCGGCAGGAACCUAUUGGGGAGACAGGUCUACCAGUUACCUGGACUGUUUGCUUAUGCAAAACACAUCAUCAAGAUUGAUGGAAAAGCGGGUCUCUUCAAAGGGCUCGGUCCAAGGCUUUGUGCGGGCACCAUCGGCACCGUUGUGCAUAGUAAAAUUGCGCAGAAAUGUCACGAACAAGGGACACUUGAGAUUCUGGGAGGCCAGCAGAAGGCUCUUGAUGGCUCCUUACCACAUGUUGUUAAUGAGACAACCAAAGAGAUGAUAGCUCGUUCCUUUGCCACCGUAGUCACACAUCCCUUUCAUGUGAUUACAUUGCGAUGUAUGGUGCAGUUUAUUGGAAGAGAAGCAAAAUACAGCGGAGUCUUUGAUUCCAUUAUCACCAUCUACAGAGAAGAAGGCAUGCUGGGCUUCUUUGCUGGCUUGAUCCCUCGUCUUCUUGGAGAUGUCUUCGCUCUGUGGAUUUGUAACCUGCUGGCACACUUCAUCAACACAUAUGCUAUUGAUGAUUCGAUGAGCCACACUGGAGAAAUCAAGAACUGCUCUCAGGCCGUGACAGGGUUCCUUGCCAGCAUGCUCACAUACCCUUUUGUUUUGGUGUCCAACCUCAUGGCUGUCAAUAACUGCGGGCUCACUGGAGGACUUCCCCCCUAUGCAUCAGUAUAUCCGACAUGGGUGCACUGCUGGAAACAUCUAAGCAGAGAGGGCAACAUGAGCAGAGGAAACAGUUUAUUCUUCCGGAAGCUUCCAGCAGGAAAGACGUACGCAAUUGAUUACAAAAGAUUUUAUUAAAAGUAAGAGUCAGUUGUACGACAACAAACAACAACCACGACUCAUCCGGGGUACUGACUGCUUGUCCAUCUUUUUUGUAUGCACUUGUCCCUGUUUAUAGCCUAUUCUGUGCUUUAAAAUUUAGUCUCUUCAGGUCAAAUUUUCAGGUUUGUAAGAAGAUAACACCAAGUGCAGUUGAUUGAACCAAUCCUCAAAAGGUUAUUACAGGUUGGUCAGUUGCCCCCCCCCUCAUAUCUUUCUUUUCAUACAUGAUUCCUCAAUACUUGAGCCACAAUUUUUAACACACUUCAUAAUGCAUGUGAUGUCUAACACGAUAAUGGUCAAAUGGGUAUGGUAUGUAAUAUUGUUUUUUUCCUGCUUCUAAUUAUUAUUGUAUAAGACUUAUUGUCCUAUCACAUUCAGUACAUGCAUAUGAAACUCAACAAAUCUGUGACAGUCGUCAACUGCUUCUCAAGCUCAUAAUAUCUAAUAAAAGUUAGUUCUGUCC